ACAGUUUUUCAAAAUCAUUUCAUCUCUUUUCGCGAAUUUCGUUUCAUUUCGACUUAAAAAAAUAAAUUGACCAAAUUGAUCGACCGAUAAAAAUGGAUAAUAAUAAUGUUCAAUCAAAACAACCGAAACAACAACAACAAUCAUCAUCAUUAAAUAUGGGACAAUUAUUGAUGGGCAGACAAAAACAACAACAAAUACCAUUGAAAGCAAAAGAAACAAAUAAAAUUGCAUCUACACCGUCCAAUAUAAAACGUCUACAGGUAAAUAAAUGGUUCAAUUCACCAACCGAUUCAAUGUUUAGUCCUUGUAGUAAAAAAUUGUAUAAUAAAAAAAAUAUUGGUCAUAUUGUACAUUUUGAUGAAGCUGAUUAUGAUGAUAAUAAUGCCAAUAAUGAUGAUUUGAAUGAAGAAAAUGAUGAAAAUGGACAACAACAACAACAACAAGGAUAA